UUUCCUCCGGUUUGGGGCUGCAGGAAUAAAGAAGAUUGCUAAGUCAAGGUUGCAACCAUCUGGGUGGCUUGAGUUCUGCGAAAGCGUCCGGCCUUUGGAGAUAACCAGCAGCUGAAAAUAGAACAGAGAAGGAUUCCUUUGAGCCAACCUUCUCCUCCUCCUCCUCCUCCUCCUCCUCCUCCUCCUCCUCCUCCUCCAAGAAUCUCUCCAGGGAAGAACACUGCAUUGUUGAUUCAAGGACAGCCGGGUUGAAAGGAGAGAAUUCGAGACACCUCUUCGCCUGCCGUUUCGCUCUCUCUCUCUCUGGACACUUCCUCCACCCCCUCUUUCAAAGGAUGCCUCCAUUCGCUGCUGGUCUCCAACAGCUUUCCUAGAAGCACCCCGAGACAAAGCAUGCAUUCUGUUAUCGGAGUCGUCCUGAGCCUCCUGCUGAUGAUCAAGUCUAUCCCUGCGCCUGGGAAGGAGAUCCUAGCAGAAGAAGGGCCUGAGCUUCCAAGCCCCAUGGAAUCUGUGGGGCCCAAUCCCCCAGAAGAGGAAGAAGUCCUGGGCACGUCGGACUUUGGGGACCCCAGGAUGACAGUGGAGGCCCUAUCUCCCACGGACGCAGAAUGGGACGGGCCCUUAGGUCUGUGGCCCCACAGGGCUAGCUUUCGGCUGAGGCCCCACAGAGACCCCGAGGGGCCUGUUUGCAGGGUGAAGGUGCACCAGGCUGGGGAAUGGAGCCGCCGUCCUCUGGAGGUUGUGGGUCUCCUCACCAGCUACGACAGCAAGUUCCUGAAGGCGCUGAGCGGGUCAAUCUGGAGCGAGGAGGAUAUGGAGGCGUUUGGGGUCUGCCCCACAGAUGUGCCCCGGGGUGUCCUGGCCUCUCUGCAACGGGUCGUCGCUCACCUGGACGACCCGGGCGAAAACAGGCUUCUGUGGCUACACCUGGAAGAAGUGAAGUGGGAGGCUGAAACCAAACUCCUCUUCCAGCUGACCUUCCACGAGGAGGACGCCGGGGGCUUUCUGAGGUCCCUGCAGCUGGCCCUGCUGAUAUUUUACCAAGGCGGAAAGGAAUCGGGGGGUGUUGGGACCCCAGAGAAAUUCCUGGUGGCAGGGGAAGGUCUCCAUCCUAAACAGGUCGUCUGUCUCUCCAGCAGAACCCAGUACCUUGUCCUUCAGGGGUCGGCGAUGUCAGGCAGACAUUCCCUGGGGCAGCUCAGCUUUGAGGUUUCCUUGGCAAUCAAGCGCCAGAGCAGCAAUGGUAUGACCCCAAUUGCAGAAUUGGGGGAGGGGGUCAGUAUUAGCUACAACCGAGGGACAAGGGAGGGCACUCUGUCCAUGCUCAGGACACCUUCCAUUUGUUCUGCUCUGCAGGAAGCAAACCCUUUCCUCGUCCUCUUUGCCUCCCUUGCAGGCACCGGCCUCUCCCAACACGAAACCCAAAACCUCCUGUUCGGUUUCGACCCGAAGUGCUUCACCCGCAUGACUCCGGCUGUGUUGCUCCUGGCCAGGCUGAGACCCCGAGUCGCUCCAGUCAUUCUUCCCUCUUCAUCUUUCCUCGCCGCCAACGGCAAAUUGGACGUGGUCCCUUACCUGAACCCCAGUGGAUCCCCGACGUCUGCCACGGCCGAUGUGCAGCCCUCCCCGGCCGCCCAGCCAAACACCACCUCCGCCCACCCAGCACCCUCGAGCACCGGCCGUUUCCUCGCCGCUCUCUCCCAGUUCGUCAACAAGGUCCUGAGCCCUUCCGGAGAGCCACCGCCGACCCCCGGGCCGCAGCUCCGGCUGAACUUUGACACCAUGGAAGCCCUCCCUCACCGGGUGCUCAACCUCUCCGAGAAGGUGGCCUUGGAGCGGCUGGUGCAGUCCGAAGACCCCCUGGUGGUCUUGUUCCCCGAAAACAGCCAGGCCUUGAUGGAGAGCCACUUGGCGCACUGGGCGCUGGAGGGCAAACUGCUCUGGCAACUGCUGCAGAAAAUGCGGGAAGUGAUUCGGGAGCUGGCGGCUUUCCCGUCUUUCCGGGAUCACAAGGCUCUCUUCCACGGCCUCCUGGCGUUCUGCUAUUACCCUCCCGGGGUCCCCGGUGCCGGCGAUCCCGAGGGAACCGCAGACGGCUCUCGCGGGCGGCGGAAGAUCCACAGCCUGCUCCUCCUCAAAGCCUUGCAGGCCCUGCGCGCCCGCUGGCGGGAGUCCCGGAAGGCGGCCCCCCGGGCCAACCGCAGCACCCAGGAGCGCGAGGACUACUGCCGGCUGCGCAAGCUGAGAAUCGAGCUGGUGUCCACGGGGUACAUCAUCUUCCCCGAGUGGUACGACGCCAACAACUGCGCUGGGCCCUGCCGCUUCCCGCUGUCGUCCCGCGUCCCCGACUUCUACUCGCACACGCUCUUCCUGCUGCGGGUUCAGGAGCAGGGGCUGCCCCUCGAGAGAGCCCCCUGCUGCGUCCCCGUCAGGUACUCGAGGAGCGUCAUCGUCACCUUCACCAACGACCAAGGCAUGAAGGUGAAGGCCUACCCCGACAUGGUGGCCGAGGAGUGCGGCUGUCGGUAGAGAGGGGCUGGCUCGGUGGCGGUGGCUGGGGUGCCAGGCCGG